AUGAGAUGGACUGGACUGCCUCUGGGCCUGAGGCACUGCAGCACUGCUAUAAAAGGCAGCCCUGCUCUCUGCUCUCUCAUCCACUUCUCUCACCUCCUUCUCCUUGGCAACCAGGUGCACCUGCAGCCCAAAACCAUGUCCUGCCCUGAGAAGUGCCAAAGCUGCCAGCCCUGCGAGCCCUGCUGCCAGCCCUGCGGCCCAACCCCACUGGCCAGCAGCUGCAAUGAGCCCUGCUGCAGGCAGUGCCAGAGCUCCACCAUCGUCAUCCAGCCCUCCCCUGUUGUGGUCACCCUGCCUGGACCCAUCCUCAGCUCCUUCCCCCAGAACACUGCCGUGGGCUCCUCCACCUCUGCUGCUGUUGGCAGCAUCCUCAGCUCUGAGGGAGUGCCCAUCAACUCCGGGGGCUUUGACCUCUCCUGCAUCACCAACCACUACUGCUGCCGCCCCUGCUAG